CUACCAGACGUGCAGGUUUAAAACAUAGACCAAGAAAGUUGACAGAAAGACAAAAUGUUCUUAGGACCUAACAUCACUGUAACUAGUAACAUCGUAUUGUUACAGUAACAUUUUGAUCGUAACAUCGUAACAAAACUUAGACACAUUCAUGUGUACAUUGAGAAUUAAGGCAGCGUCUUAAAAAGGACAAACACAUAAUAUACGAUAAGAUAUUGAUCUAUAAUCUUAGACUUGAGCAUAAACGUACAAAGUAGUCCAUAAAAAUCAUUAAAAUGUCUAAGAGAUACAGAAAAAUAGAGAUAUUUGAUAAAUCAUCAUCAAAAGAUUUGGCUUCAGUCAAGCACAACUAUCGCAAGGUGUAUAUUGCCAAAGAGACUGAAGUCGAGGAUUUGUCUGAGCAAGUGAUUCUGUCUCCAGCCACGAGCGACAUCCUUGCUACCUUGGAGGAUGAGAGUAAAGCGUCAGAGUUGAAACGGAAAAAAGAAAGUCUAAAGAAAUCUUCAAUUACUUUUCCAAACCUGGUGGAAUCUUUAGCGCUAGUCAAAAGAUGGCAGAAACCGUCAAAAACCAAGACAGGCACUCAGAAGAAAGGGGAGAAAAAAAGCUCCAAGGAAGGUCUGGACGGAGACGCCUUCAUUACAGACACUGAUAGCAAGGGAGAGAUUAUAUUGCGUCUAACUUACGGAGGUUCAAAUCGAGGCCCAGACACACUAGCUAAUUUAGUCAGAAAGGCGGUAAGGAAUGGCGCCCUAGGGGUCCUACUUUCGAGAACUUGCUUUCGAUACACCCGAAGAUUUGAUGGAGUGGCAAAGAAAUUAUUGGAAGCCCAGAAAAAUGGAGACAAUCUACCAUUGACGAACUGUUGUCAUUGAUAAAUGACAGGCGGAGCAGGGGCGGAGGCAAACUCCCUGCAGUGGGGAGGAGGUCAUCACGCUCCUACGGCAAGAGAAGAGGCUCCAGAGGCUACAACGAGCUCACUGGGUCGCCGCUGUCGCCCGUGUCGCCCUCUGACAGUGAUUACGUCAGCAGGUAUGGAGCAGACGACGAGUAUCCAGAAACGCUAACAAAGAGAAAUCAAAUGGAUCUUGAGGCUACCCAGAGAGGGCUUUCAACUUUUACGGGUGCCAAAAGAUUCCUUCUGCCUGAGAUACCUGGCAACGAUUACGACCGAACACGAUUCGACGGAUGGGACUUUGGCACGAAGCUCGGACGAGGAUCCAUGGGCGUCCUACCGGAACUACCCCAGAGGGCCUCGCAGCAUCUUGAGAGGAAACCUCCUAAUGUACCGUUGGAAAAGAUGGCGCCGGUUUCCAAAAGAAAAGACGAGACGUGUCAGGAGUAUCUCAUGAACAACGCAAUAUACGAGCUGUUUGAAUUUCUGACCUUUGUGAUUACGUUGGAGCGACCCGAGAAGCCGAUUGACUUCAUGAUUGAACUAGUUCGGUCCAUCAAGAGACUGGCAGACAUACGAGACACGACCAGCUUGAAGAUGUCUGAAGUCGAGGACUAUAUUAACACUUUUGAACGGAACCCCGCAUAACAUUUUUGUCUAGGAGAUGGCACAACAUGAAUCUUCAAGAUAAAAGAGCGAACAGCCUUCGUCAGGACCGGAAUUGGGAGUUAAGAAAUAGAUUCCUCUACCAGCUUACAAUAUCCUACGUUAUUGUAACUGUUGUUAUGCAGUCAAUAAAGUGAAGAAAAAAAAAUUUAAACCUUUGUAUUGGGACAUUGUCGCAAAAUGUUGUCAUGAAUGAUAGUAGUAAGAUAAAAGGUAUGAACGAAAGGUGGCCCUGCUGAAUGAGAUUUAAAGAUGACUUUCGGCUUAUGUCAUGUCCCUUUUUUUUAAAAAAUGUUAACGCUCGAUGCCAUUCAUGCCAUACUGACCUAGACACAGCAGAAUGUUUAAACUCAUCAGUGGUUCCCCAAACUCCCCCCCCCCCAUUUCACUACUUUGAAUUCACUUUUUUUUAGCAGUGAAACAGAUAUAUUUAUUGUUGCUUCUUUUCAGUUCAAUAAAUAAUCCAUUGAGGCUGUAGAUACGUACGCUAUAAAUAAUAAAUGUACACACUUGAGUACAAAUAAAACAAGGAAUGUUCAAACUAGUUUUUGUUUUUAUACUUUGUAUGGAAAUAUACGUUGACAGUCUGCUUUCUAAAAGAUGGACGACACGGCCUAAAUUGUGCCGAUGGGCCUAAAUUGUGCCGAUGGGCCUAAAUUGUGCCGAUAGGCCUAAAUUGUGCCAAUGGGCCUAAGUUGUGCCAAUGUGUUAAAAAAAACGCCCGAAUAUUGCUAAGAGAUUAUCUUAUCUUAUAAUGACAUUGCAAUCCGCAUGAAAUUGUUGUUUGUUUGGAUAUUUCCAAGCGCCAUGCUGUACGUGAUCUUUGAAUUCUUUACCCGCUAGCUCCCACAGCUGGUCUGUUGUCGUUAUUUUGUGAGUGCACUUAGUGUUUACGACUUACAGUUUCUGCUGAAUGAUUAUAUGGCUACGUCUCCUUUAAAGACAAUGGAUGCUCCCAGAUGAAUCACGGGAAAUAUUGCUUUUUUCUGAAGUUGGGGCAGAACCUAUUGCGACUUAAAAGGCCGAUAACGGAGAAGCAGUUUUGCCGUUGUUUAUGAAAAAUGCAUCAAUUUUUUUAAGGCGAUCAGAAAGGGCAGAUUUGUUUUACUUUCUCUUGUCUAAAGCCGCCCAAGUUCUUUUUCUCUUGCCGAGGGUCGUACUAGCACUCUCAGCCUUCUAAUAGUUUAAAAUAAUAAUAAUAAGGCUAGUCUUCGAGUACGAAGAUUAGUGAGGAAUGCAGUAUUUCCCGUGGCUGCGCAGUUCCAGCUUUGACCUACAUAUUUUGCCACACCCAAGGCAAGCAUAACCAUUGUCCGCAGGCGGUCGAUUUAGAUUUUCUUUUCGCCGUCUACGUUUAAAAUACAAUACUAAUAAUAAUGUUUCAUUUCUAAAAUAAUAAUAAUAAUAAUAGUGGCAACGGACCACGUAGACACACUAGAGACUCUGAAAAUUUCUAAGAAAGUUCUCGUUGCCUUUCAGAGGGCGGUACUGCUGCAUGCCUGCCACAUCCCCAUAAAAUGUGUCAGUUGGACACUGUUCAAAGUACUACAAUACAUUUCGUCUCUAACGAAGCUCGACCCUGGCAGUGCCUAACAAUGAAAUUUGUUCAUUUUUACUAUGAGUGAAUCUGGUGUGAAUGUAAAUUUUUGGUUUUCUAUAAUUAUAAUGUUUUGCUUGUUGUAAUGCACAAAUUGUAUAAAAAAAUUCCCUUAUGGAUAAUAAAGAUUAGUAUUAUUA